AUGAUAAGUAAUCCAUCAAAUGAAGUCAAAAUAUCUUCGUCUUCGAAAACUAUGGUAUCGGCUGCAUGUUCACAUUUAAUUCAUGGUAUUCGAGAAUUAAAUUUAUUCUCUAAUAAUCCAUUUUGGACAUCAACAUUAACUCAUACUGAACAAAUUCAUAGUACUCGACUUUUUUUAAUAUUAACUUCAAUAUCUCUUUUAUCCGUUAUUGGUUACGUUAGUUUAACUGUUCAUACAUAUGAAGUAACUCGAAAUAAAUUUUCCAUAUCUGAUUUCGAACGACUUCAAGCACGUUAUCCAACAACAUUUAAAUCUACAUGUACUAAAGUAUCAAUACCUUAUAAUAAAUUUUUAAAUUUAUCUGUUAGAUUUCAUCAAGUUUGCUCAAGUCCAUUUAUUGGAAGAAAAUGGAUUUCUUCUUUAUAUCUCUUCAACGCAACAUCUUAUAAUAUUUUGGAUUUUCGUACAUUUGGUUUUUCUCAUUAUCGUUCUCUUCGUUUACUAUGUCUAUUGACACGUCAAGCUAUUAAUGAUAAUUAUCAUGCAUUUAAUUCUACUAAUUUAGUUGCGCUUCUUACUUUUUCACGAGCUCAAUUUAAUAAUUUAGCUGGUGUUCUUAUGUCUAAUUUUCAAAAAAAUCUUUUGGCUAAUGAAAAACGAACUGCAAAAGUAACAUCAUUAAUGAUUGCACAGAAUCGGUUAUUGUCAGCUUUACGUACAAAUUAUUAUACGCAUUCGAAACCUGGUUCACAAUCAUACAAAACAUACAAUGCACAUUAUUUGGAACGAAAUGGAAUAGAUGGAUCAUUUUGCGACUGUAGAUCAAGAAACAAUCAAUGCACAUAUCCAGCCGGUGGGUUUUAUAAUUGGACGUUACCAGAAUUAGGAAAACCAGCUAAAAAUAAUCCACCACCUCAAUUUCAGAUUACUGGAUUAAUGGCUGGAUGUAUGCCUCUUGAUUCUAUGCGUCAAUCAACUCUCGAAUGUUUAUAUAAUCAAUCAUGUAUAGAUGCAAUAUCACUUCAACCAAAAAUUUUUCGACCAAAAGCUUUGAAUGCAUCGUUAUCAACAUUUCCGUUGAAUUCAACAAUAGGUUCACUAUUCGAUGAAUCUUUAUUUGUUGAAAUUUGGAAAAAUCAAUCUAGCUUUGAAAAUUAUUUCACUGCUUGUCAACCCCAAUCUCUCUUUUACAGUUAUGAAAGUCGAUUUCAUCUUGAUACAAUUAUUACUAUGAGUCUUAAUGCCUUCGGUGGUCUUGUUACUGCUUGGGAGUUAAUUACACCAGCUAUUGUCAUAAUUUGGCAACGAAUAAAAUGGAAAAAACAACAAAGUCAACGAUUUACAACUGCAGAGACAACAUGUGUAGAAUUAGAACUUAUGAAAAUGGCACCAAAACCAAUCAAUAAAGCUGUAACUGUUCACGUUCGUCGAACAAUUCAUAAUUUUAACUUGUUUCCGUCAAAUAAUAAACAAGAUCCUGAGGAAGAACGUAUUGGUAUCAUCGCUACUCGUUUUUACAUUAUCUUAAUAAUUAUCGGUCUUAUAAUUCUUGGUUUUUAUACAGCUCUAUUAAAACAUAGUCAAACACAUACUGUUAAAGAACCUUCACUUUCGAAAUUUGAAGAAUUACAUUCAAUGUAUGCAUCAACAUUAAAUUGUCCAUGUUCACGGUUUUCAAUGUCACAUAGUCGAAUAAUGUCUCUUAGACCUCGUUACCAUUCAAUAUGUUCAAGUGAAUUUGUUGAAGAUUAUUGGUUAGCUUACUUUGCUGAUGUAGAAAAAGAUGUUCACGCUGUUGAACUUGUAUCAUCUGAUUUUCGAGUUAUUGGUCAAGCAUUUUUUGAAUUAAUGCGUACAUUAUGUAAAACAUCAAAUGAAACAAUUGAAAAUGCGUUAAAAGUAUUUGGAUCGAAUCGAUUAGUUACCAUGUAUGUCUUAUCACGUACACAAUUUAAUAUUGAAACGAUGACACGUUUAAAACGAUUUGAACAACAAACAAUAAGUUCUCUUGUCAAUCUAAUUCAAUUAAUACGUUCAUCAAUUAAAACCAAUCAAGUAGUUGAAGGAAUGUUUACAAAUGCAGGACCUAAAUCAAAAUAUGAUAAUGAAACAUCAAAAUGGUCAUUUUCUUACGGACCGAGAAAUUAUUAUACAAAUUCAUGUUCAUGUGCUGUAUCUGAUGAAUGUAGUCGUCCAGUUGGUUUUCAUUUUCAAAAAAGUACAAGUGCUGAUACACCUAAUAUAACUAUACCCGGUUUACUUUUUGGUUGUUAUGCAAUUGAUUUCGUUCUUUUAUCUACAUUAGAAUGUUUAUAUGAGAAAAAUUGUGUCAAACUUCUUGUUGAUAACUACUAUUUUGAUGUUGUUGGUUUAUUUAAACCACUGAACAGUCGUGCUGUUCAAAUACAACCACUUCCGCAUGGAAAUAGUCGUUUUUAUCCAAAUACGAUAAUAAAUAAAAUUGUCUCGGAAGCAUUCGUAGAAGAUUGGAUUAACUCAACUAAUUAUACGUCAUAUUAUGAACGAUGCGCACCUUCACAAUGCACUUAUACUAUACAGAAACGUUUGAAUAUUGAUAUCUUCGCUAAACCGCUUGGAUUUUAUGGAGGAUUAAGUGUAAUUUUAGAAAUAAUCUUACCAUCACUUGUUAGAAUAGUUUUACAACAAUGGCCGAAACGCAAACAAGAAACAAAACCAACUGCUAUUCCUAACGAUCUUACAAUGGGUAAGAUAAUGACUAUUAUUUUAUUCCAUUCAACAGAAAUAAUACAUCGGUAA